GCAGGGGCAAGUCGCUCCGUGACUUUGCAAGUCACCGAAGCUGCGAGCCCAGGUCGAACCGAGCAGACGCGGCGCAUCACCGGCGGCGGCGGCGGCGGCGGCGGCAUGGGGAUGGGCGGUCGAGGCGUGGUGGGCGAUAGGUGGUCGCAGCGCGUCCUCUGGAUGUGCGCCAUCGGCAGCGCAGUGAGCCUGUACUUCGUGGCGGUGGAGAGGCAGGCGCAGAACCGCGCACGGGCGGUGUCCGAGGGAUUCAAGUCCCUUGACGGUGCAGGCGGCGGCGGCCGCGGGGAGGACGUGUGACCUUGGCCGCCGCGAGGUGAAUGGGCGUGUAGAGAAGUACCUCCCUGUUCGAAGCUUGAGACGAGUUAGAUUUGCCUAUCCGCUUCUAGUUCACUGAAUCGUUGCAAUAAUAAUGUACUGCUAAUUGCCCCCGUGCUUGUGACAUCUGAAUGUUCAGGGAGCAAGAAUUGGUUUUUGUAUGAAAAGUUUAGUUGGAAAAUUCAGACUGUUUUGUUUCGUAAUUUUGGCUCCUAAAUUUCUUGGGAAGGUUAGAAUUUAGAGGUAAUGUGCAUCUAUUUCCUUAACCUUUGGUCUAGUGUAUUCCUAGGAGCACGCAUAGUUUUGAACAAUGGAGCAUAUAAGAGCAUCUCCACCGGCGCUCCCAAUAGAGCUCCCAAUAGCUCUAUUGGGAUUCUAGUGAGAGAAAGUGCCCGCACCGGCGCUCCCCAAAGAGCGCCGGCAUGUUUUGGAGCCCAAUAAAACAGCCGGCACUCCCGAAAGGAUCCCUAGGUUAAGGGCUUCGAUUGGGAGCGCCGGCACCAAAUUUCUUCACAAAAUAUGCUAGCCGGCCGCCGUAUGGGGGGCGUCGGUGUGGGAACAGCAUCCCCAAAUAGAGGAGGGCGUGUGACCUUGGCUGCCGCGAGGUGAAUGGGCCUGUAGAGAAGUAUCUCCCUGUUCGAAGCUUGAGACGAGUUAGAUUUGCCUAUCCACUUCUAGUUCACUGAGUCGUUGCAAUAAUAAUGUACUGCUAAUUGCCCCCUGUGCUUCUGAUGUCUGAAUGUUCAGGGAGCAAGAAUUGGUAUCUGAACAUGGAUGUUUUUGUAUGAAAAGUUCAGUUGAAAAAUCCAGACUGUUUUGUUUCCUAA